AUAAUGAGACAAGACGGGAACCAGAAUACAAAAUGUCAGCGCCCAUAAAGAGCAUAUUGUAAUAAACAUGAAAUUUAUACUUAAUUUUGCAAAGACAAUUAGAAAUAAUUGGAAGAAAUCAGUUGUUAUUACCGGAAUCUGUGUUUAUGGAGUGAAAUUUGCAUAUGAGGCAUACGAAGAAGAUCUCCUAAGAAGAGAAUAUUGUGCCAAAGCAAAGGAGUAUGGGGACCAGUCAGCGGUGUUUGGAGAGAAGAAUAGAAGGAUCACAGUGUUCUUGAACCCUGCAGCACGUGGAGGACGAGGUACAAAGUUGUUUGAGAAGAAUGCAGCUCCACUUCUGUACCUUGCUGGGAUUGAGGUCAAUAUAGUCAAGACAGAAUAUGAAGGUCAGGUGAAGGAGUUCUUCCAGUUUCUAGAGACUCAGCAUGUGGAUGGCAUCGUUGUGGCGGGAGGGAAUGGCACACUGAUUGAGACUGUGACAGGAAUGCUGAGGAAAGGGGACAAGACUUUUCUCCAGAAAGUGCCAGUGGGAGUGAUACCUGUGGGUGAAAGCAACAAAUUUGCCAGCUAUUUCUACGGCAGUGACAAGACGGAAGUCAGACGGAUGCUGGAUGCGGCGAUGGCGGUGGUGGAGGGGCGGACAGAGAGGCAGGACGUGUUGAAGAUAGAGGGAGAUGAGGGCAAGACCAUCUUUGCACUCUGUGGACUUCAGGCCGGCGCGUAUCGGGACGCCAGGGAACGAACUCCAAAGUACUGGUAUUUUGGCCCUUUGAAGCAUCGGUUUACGUACCUGCAAUCAGCGCUCCGUGGAUGGCCCCCGACCAUGACUGGCGAGCUUGAGUACACGGAGGCUCGAGACUCGGACAUCGCAGUUAAGAGACAGCGGCAACCUGAUCCUGUACCAAACCCGGAGAGCAAGGGCCUGCUGUUGUCGGUUCUGUCACUGUUUUCAAGAUUGGUCAGGUCCCGGGUGACACGACCAGGGUUACAAGAGAAGGAAGAGGAGGAGGAUGUAGAGUAUCUGAAUACAAGGACAGUAAACACCGACCUCAACACAGUGGAGUUCACGGUCUCCUCCAUGUUUGAUAAGGACAAACAGAGUCUUGGAGGGGUGACACUAGGCCUGGGUCCAUCAGAUCUCAGCAAGGCAGACUUCAUCAAACAGGGUUGGAGUCGUCUGGGUCUACCUACCUGGCAGGUUGACAUACCCGGCAAUGACCAUGUGCUUUGCAGGAUUGUGAAAGUGAGGCCUGUAGUUCCAGAGGGCAAGCAACUCUGGUAUACAAUAGACGGGGAGCAGUUUGAGGCCAUGCCAGUGCAGAUCUCACUUCUGAAGAACAAACUGAAGGUCUUCUCACGGCCACAGUCAAAUACUAGAUGAUAAUAAACACUUACAUACAGUG